AUGGCAUACAAACUGGACCUGGGGGAAAUUGCCAGCUUGGAUAAGGUCAAGCUGAAGGCCACAGAGAUGCAGAAGAACACUCUGUCAACCAAAGAGACCACAGAGCAGAAGAGGAGUGAAAUUUCCUGA